AUUGUGAAAAAGUGUGGCAAACCAGAAAUCUGUGUGCAGUGUGAAACGUAAAUUUUUACGAACGUUUGACUAGGUGCACGCAGCAUUACCCCGGUUUUCUUCCCGGUACAAUGAGCGCUAGCGAGUUGUACAAUGGCGUGGCCAAUGGGUCACGUUCUAAUGGUUGUGCUGAUUCCGUGAAAACUCCGUUCCUAAUCGGUGUUGCUGGCGGUACUGCUAGCGGGAAGUCGACGGUAUGCAAACGCAUCAUGGAACAGCUGGGUCAAGCCGAUAUGGACCACACACAGCGUCAAGUGGUGACCAUCAGCCAAGAUAGCUUCUACCGCGAGCUAACGGAUGCCGAGAAGGCACGAGCAGAGCGGGGCCUGUUCAACUUCGACCAUCCAAGCGCUUUUAAUGAGGAUCUUAUGUUGCAAACGCUGCAGGACAUUCUGCAGGGUAAGAAGGUGGAAAUAAGUGAGUACGAUUACCGGAAUAAUGCCGUCUGUCCGGAGAAGCGAAUCACGAUCUACCCCGCCGAUGUGGUGCUGUUCGAGGGAAUACUGGUCUUUUACUUUCCCGCCAUACGUGACCUGUUUCAUAUGAAAUUGUUUGUCGAUACCGACUCCGACACUAGGCUGGCCCGGAGAGUUCCUCGUGAUAUCAAUGAGCGUGGCCGAGAUCUUGAACAGGUGCUGAACGCCUACAUGACUUUUGUAAAGCCGGCUUUUGAAGAAUUUUGCUCCCCGACAAAAAAGUUCGCCGAUGUUGUCAUACCACGUGGAGCAGACAAUACAGUGGCUAUCGAUCUGAUCGUGCAGCAUAUUCGCGAGUUUUUAAACAAUCGCAGCCGCAGCGAGCACAGCAGUGCUCAAUUGGCGACGUGUGGUACGAGUGCUUUGAAUCUAUCCAGUGGUCGAGUUCGUUACUUCGUGUUUCACUAGAACCUAAGUGUUCGUUUAGUGAAUGUAUGAUUCCCUACUACCGCCCAAAACAAUAGCAUAUAUACGGAUGUUCUAACAAGUAAAGACAAUGCCAAUUCAGCAAUGUUUUCUUUAUUAACAACCAAGAAUCACAAAGGAAGAAGGCAGAGGUAAACAUGUCCCAAAGUUGUUCCCAUCGAGCAAUAUAAGAGAGUGGAUGGCUUUUGCAGUGUCUUGAGACGUAUUUAGUUUGUGCACCGCGACAGAGAAGACCAAAACAAUUCAACCAAAAAAUAAAUAUAAUUUAAAUUAUUAACUCACGGCGAAAACCUUCGAUGUGACACACAGUGAUGCACGCAAAAAAUGUUCUUUUCUGUUGUGUUUCGGUAUAGACCUGAUUGUUUUCUGGCCAUGGUAUGUGUACGUGUUUCUUGUUGUUAGUAUUUGCGAGUUAUCCAAAAGCAACUAACAAACCAAAUCGGCAAUAACAUACCAAUUAGCUCCUAGAUAAUAGUGCCAUUUUGUCCUAGGUUAUUUCCGUCGUGUAUUGCCUUUUAGACAAAUUAUUCGCAGCGUUUUGCUGUACACACCAACAACAGUUUCAUGAUCGUUCGCUCUGUUUCAAGCUAAUGUGCAAUUUUAUUGGUGGAACCUAAAGCUAAAAAGUAAAACAUCAGCCCUUAAAAUUGGAGCAUCCGCUAGUCAUCCUAUUAAAAAAUAAAAGAGAAUUUUUUGUAAACUGUUACUUUUCACAUUUGCACAAAGGCCCUAAUAAUGUCCCUUGUUUUAUUAUCAAUGCUUCAUAUCCUUCGCAGCUGAAGAAAGUUUGCAAACAAUAUCCUCCUCCGUUAUCAAUAGACAGCUCUAUUCAGUGAUGUACGAUUAUAGCUCAAUAGUCCACAAACAACUAGAUUGCGAUAUGUAGAGCAAUGUGGGAGCAUAAGAUUACCGUGAUCAACCUUUGGCGGACAGCGCGCUGCAUACAAGUUAAGGGAAGGGUACGGUGUAUGAAGUGACCAAACUGAAAGAGUAUCCUAAUCUGAUGGGUAAUUGGCCGUACAAUAAACGUUGAAGAGCAAUAUUGUGUACAUCUAUUGUCAGAUAGGAUAUAAUCUAGUAAAUGCUAUAUAGUUACUCAAAUCAGAUGCUUCAGGGCGAGUUCACAUUAGGUAUGAAAAAUAUAUGGAGGAGACGAAUGUACAACGUGCAGCGAGGCACUCACUAAGAUAAGAAAGAAAGACUUUUUUUCUAACGCAAAAUUACCCAAAUUGAAGAUCCGAUGGAAAUAUCCAUUUGUUUGGUAAACCUUAACAAAAGCAAAGCUACACUAAGAAUCACAAAACUCCGUACGUACAAUAAUUGUAAAACACCAUCACCACCAGAAGCUAGAAUGUUUUAUGUUUGUUUUAUUGUUCCGGAAUAAAUCAAUUUUACUCAAAUCA